GUCAACUUUUUGACACAGGUCAACGACCAAACACUGAGCCAUGCACUCGCGUACGUAUCAAUUGGGUAGCCGUGCCAUUCCUGGAUCAAUCCAAUCUUAGUCCCAUUGAUUAAUUUGCCUGUCAUCGCUGGCAAAACCGGUUGUACAUAUGUAUUAUUGUCUGCUGGGCUAAGGACCACCGACAUGGACCAGUUUUUGACACCUCAAGAGCUCAAUCCACGUCGCCGACCAGCAACACCCUCUGUAGCAUCCUCACAACUUACCGCGAACAAUACGCUGAGUCCUUUGUCGCAGCUGGUACCGGUCGAAGAGCCUGCUGAUACACCAACGCAGACCCUGACAACACCGGCUUCUCAAAACGAUGCAUACCCCGACUAUCAACUUUGGUGCAUGGAGUGGUGGUGCCGAUUUCCCAAUUGCGAGUUAGACUUCAACAUCAAGAAUAUGCGGGUCUGGUGGUGGGCUCAUGGUUACCGAUUGAUCAACAAACAGUCUCGACUCCCGAAACACAUCUGGGUGUGUUCUAUCUGUGUUGCCAAAUCGAAACCACCACCAACCGACACGUAUACGUUCGUCUCGAGUACGUCCAAAUCAAUAGUCAACCACCUCAGGCGAGUUCAUUGAAUACGGCAACCUGUCCGAGCUGUCACGCAGGAUCCUGAUAGGGAACAUCUAUUGCAGUCAGAACAGUGGUUCGCUACGUUGCUGGAUCAGGGCUUUAUCAAAAGAGGUUCAGAGGACGAUUUCGACUAGUGAGGGCAUAGUCCGAAAUGGCAUGCGGCGUAAAUGGCCUCGAAACU